GAUAAUUUGUUUGAAUGGCAUUUCACAAUACAAGGUCCACCUGGUACUGAUUAUGAGGGAGGACGUUAUCAUGGACGUAUCUUAUUACCACCAGAAUAUCCAAUGAAACCACCUUCCAUUGUUAUACUAACUCCUAAUGGAAGGUUUGAAUUAAAUCAGAAGAUUUGUUUAAGUGCUUCAGCUUAUCAUCCUGAGAUGUGGCAGGCCUCAUGGGGAAUUCGUACUAUGCUAUUGGCGUUGGUUGGUUUCAUGCCAACUGAUGGUAAAGGUACUAUUGGUUCCCUGGACUGUACACCUGAAGCAAGACGACAAAUGGCUAUUAGGUAUACAUGUACACGUACACAUGUAUAAUGAUAAUAAUGUGUA